AGAUAAGUGAAGCUUCUUUAUGGAUCAUCAUCACCAUCGUCGUCGUCGUAGUAGUCUAAUCUCUUCCAUCACAUUUGUCUACGUAGCCCCUGUGUCUCUUUUUCUCUGUGUGUGUGCAUGUGACACUGUGUGGAUGAGUGUGAGCGAGUGAGUGCAUGUUCCUUUGCAGGGGGGUGGAGUUAUAACGCCACUUCGCCAAUUGGGUGUGGGAUUUAUCUAGACUGUGUGGAGAGUCUAGUCGGAGGUUGUGGAUUGCGAGAAAGAACCAUGGCGUCGGUCAUGAUGAGCGCUGCGAAAGCCACCUUCGUAACCCACGGCACUGCGGCGGUGGAGGUGACUCGAUCGCCUGGCGCCUUGCAGGUGCUGGCAUCCGGGGAAUCGAGCUUCCGGAAGGGUACAAGUGCUGUUUUGCACCAAGAUCUCAGCGCAGAGACUCGUCUCAGAAAUGGUUCGAUGCAGGUGGUAAUGACGGCCACCGCGCCACGGCCUUCGUCUUCUUCUGUGCAUUCUGCUGGACGCACCCGUCCCACAAAGGACCCAGCCGCUCCAGAUUUCAAGCCCAUACCUAGUUUCGAAGAGUGCUUCCCUAGCAGCACCAAGGAGAUCAAGGAAGUGGUGCAUGAGCCCACAGGGUCUGUGCUCCAGGUGCCAUUCCGGAGAAUCCACUUGUCUGGAGAUGACCCGCAUUUCGACACUUACGACACGAGUGGACCGCAGAAAGUGAAUCCUCGCUACGGACUUCCCAAGCUUCGAAAGGAGUGGAUCGAUAGGAGGGAGGCGCUCAAAGAUGAGAGAUUCACUCAAAUGUACUACGCCAAGAAGGGUAUUAUCACUGAGGAGAUGGCCUACUGCGCGGCGCGUGAGAAAAUGGACCCCGAAUUUGUGAGGUCAGAAGUAGCUCGCGGGCGCGCCAUCAUUCCUUCCAACAAGAAGCAUCUCGAACUCGAGCCGAUGAUAGUCGGGCGCAAGUUUCUCGUGAAGGUGAACGCCAACAUCGGCAAUUCCGCGGUGACUAGCUCAAUCGAGGAGGAGGUGCAGAAGCUCCAAUGGGCCACAAUGUGGGGUGCUGACACCAUCAUGGAUCUCUCCACCGGUCUCCACAUCCACGAAACUCGGGAGUGGAUCAUGCGAAACUCGUCGGUGCCUGUGGGAACUGUCCCCAUCUACCAAGCGCUCGAGAAAGUCGAUGGAAUUGCAGAGAAUCUGACGUGGGAGGUAUUCAGGGAGACGCUCAUCGAGCAGGCCGAGCAAGGAGUGGAUUACUUCACCAUUCACGCUGGUGUGUUGUUGAGGUUCAUUCCCAUGACAGCUCGCCGCAUGACGGGCAUAGUCUCCAGGGGUGGUUCCAUCCACGCCAAGUGGUGUCUCGCACACCACAAGGAAAAUUUUGCAUACACGCAUUGGGACGAUAUCUUGGACAUUUGCAACCAAUACGACAUCGCGCUCUCCAUCGGAGACGGCCUCCGGCCUGGAUCUAUCUAUGAUGCAAACGACAUGGCGCAGUUCUCUGAGCUCGCUACGCAAGGUGAGCUCACUCGUCGAGCCUGGGAGAAGGACGUCCAGGUGAUGAAUGAAGGACCUGGUCACAUUCCUCUUCACAAGAUACCAGAGAACAUGGAGAAGCAGCUGGAUUGGUGCAGUGAAGCUCCCUUCUACACUCUGGGUCCUCUCACAACAGAUAUCGCUCCUGGCUACGACCACAUCACAUCCGCCAUCGGAGCGGCGAACAUUGGAGCUCUGGGAACUGCUUUGCUCUGCUACGUGACUCCGAAGGAGCAUCUCGGUCUUCCUAACCGGGAUGAUGUUAAAGCUGGUGUGAUUGCGUACAAAAUUGCCGCUCACGCCGCAGAUCUUGCCAAACAACACCCUCUUGCACAGAGUUGGGACGAUGCACUCAGCAAGGCUAGAUUCGAGUUCCGCUGGAGGGAUCAGUUUGCACUAUCGCUGGACCCUGUGACUGCACUCUCAUUCCACGACGAGACUCUGCCAGCCGAGGGUGCGAAAGUGGCACAUUUCUGCUCCAUGUGCGGUCCCAAGUUCUGUUCCAUGAGUAUCACUGAGGAUGUGCGCAGAUAUGCCGAGGAGCAUGGAUACGGUGACGAGGCAGAAGCUGCGAUCAAGGAUGGCAUGGAUAAAAUGAGCCGAGAGUUCUUAGCCGCGAAGAAGACCAUCAGUGGUGAACAGUGGGGCGAAAGCGGUGGCGAGAUCUACUUGCCUGAGAGCUACGUUGCCUCAAAACUCCCAACCACUCCAUCGUCUUAAAUGACGCAUCAUGCACCAUUCUGAAGGUGGGCAGUCGCUAGAAAUGGAGGAGAGACACGCCGAGAGGACUUGUGUGUCCCUUACAACAGGGGUUGUGCUACGGCUGCUCUGGCUUGUGGACUGAACCAACCCACAAUUAGACAAAUUGUGAAUAUUUUGUGGCACUUUUAGCUAGAUCUGUCUUGUUGUUGUGUGGUCUUCUGAAGAAGGGAAAACUUUUUUCUUGUGAUUCGAACUGAUCAAUUCUGGCACCAGGGGUGCUUGCAUGAUUAAGAAGCGCAAUCCUGAUGCGUUGAUUAACUAUGCAGGCUGAGAGAGUCCCUUCGCACCUGAACAGGUUAAUACCUGCGUAGGGAGCGUGCCAUUGUCUUUUCGUUGUGUUGUCUGCUGCACAGGCCAGAGGCUCUGAAUCAAUCGCCUGCUUUGGGUGCUUUCAACAUUGUGUUUAUGACAAAGUCCUUUUGCAAGCUCUUCGCCCAUUGCUUUUACAAAAGCCUUUGACCAUGACAUACUUAUCAUCAAGAUAGACCCUCCUUCGUCUUCGUCUUCGAUCGGCAAAUUAUGAGUGUUCGCUUGUAGCUCAAACGAGUGCUUCUCCCUUUGUGAUCAUGCUUCUUAGAAACAGUGUGUGCGGUGUAGGUCUCUCAUCCGAAUCUUGCAGUCAUCAGUGUACAUUGAUUAUGAAUCCGUGAUUUUGAAUCAAAGAAAAACGGCCACAGAAUGAUGAGCGGGAUAUAGUUUCCAGGCCAUUUUGUAAUAGGUUUCUAAAUCACUGUAAACAAGCUUUCACUUCGUUUCCUA